AUGAGUGAGCAGCGACAAUCCAACAUGUGCCGUCAUCCGUUUUCUUUUUCGGUGCAGCUCCUCUGCGUGCUGUUGAUAUGCUUUUGCAGUACGGCUGUGCACGCCGAGGAGGUAACUAAACCAAAGGAAAUGCAAAUACCAAAGUCUGUUGAUCUUUUUGUGCCGCAUCGAACGAUUGUGGAAACACAAGGUCGAAGUCAAACGAGGAAUUAUUUUGCCUACCCCUCCCUCGCCAGUGCUGGUGGAGUGUUGGUUGCACUUGCCGAGGGUAACAUCUUCUUUCAACACACCCGUGAUAAAAACAAUUGGCUCAUUUACGCUGAUGUUGUGGCGGGGUACAUUGACUCUGCGGAGAACUGGUCGUCUUUUGUCGCUAAGGUCCGUGCAAACGAAUGGUGGGCGUACAACAUCUUUAACACGACCACGCAAGCUGAGUAUAACGGCCGUGUGAGAUAUGCGUACAGACCCACAACAAUUGCAAAGGACAACAAGGUCUUUCUACUUGUGGGGGGCUAUCAUCAGAAGUAUGAUCCCUCAUCGAGGGAGUGGAUUGUGUCCUCACAGGGUCUUGAUUUGCUCGUGGGUGAGGCCACGCAAGAUAAAGUCAUCCAAUGGGGCGAACCCACCUCGCUUGCACCACAGAUCGAACCAUCUGCUCAACAACGUGGCCUGGAGCAGUUUGUUGGUGGUGGUGGCUCGGGCGUUGUGAUGGAGGAUGACACGCUUGUGUUUCCUGUGACGACGAGGAGGACAGGAGACAACGAAACUGUGUCCAUGAUCAUUUAUUCGAAGGACGACGCCAAAAAUUGGACGCUUUCACAGGGGAUGCUCCCCGUGGGGUGCACUGACCCCCUCAUUGUUGAGUGGGAGCAGGGGCAGCUUGUCAUGGUUGCCAAAUGCAAUUCUCUCUUAAAGGUGUUCGAGUCGAGGGACAUGGGGGCAACGUGGACGGUGGCUGUCAGGACACUCACACGCGUGCAGCCCAGGUUUUCACCAGACUCUUUGCGAACAGCUGAGAGAGUGGGGUCCCUCACAACUGCGACCAUUGCUGGAAAGAAGGUCAUGCUGUACACUCAGAAAGGGAUUCCUUCUUGGAAGAUGGUGGAAGCCACCGCGUCCCGCCUUUGGGUCACUGACAACAACCGCAUGUUUCACGUCGGGCCCAUUUCCAUGGACACUGACACGACGCUGACGUUUGGCAACACCCUGCUCUAUUCGAAAAAUGCGUUGUACUUUUUACAAGAGAGGGGCACUUUCAGGGCAAGCAGCCUGGCUCUUGCUCCCCUAACGGAACAGCUGAAGACGAUCACGUCCAUCUUGGAGACUUGGGAAGAAAUCGACUCCUACCUCUCCGAGUUGUCGGUGCCCACAGCCGGUCUGGUUGGAUUCUUGUCGGAUGCAUCGGGUGAAGGAAGUUGGAACGACGCGUACCGUUGCGUGAAUGCAACUGUGAGGAAUGCAAAGAAUGUCAGAGAUGGCUUUAAUUUCACGGGGUCCGAAUCAUACGCCAUGUGGCCGGUGAACAUGCGGGCGCAUCACUAUGUGCACAGCUUUGUGAAUUACGAGUUUACGCUUGUGGCGACGGUGAAGAUUCAUAAGGCUCCGAAAGAGAGCUCUUCUCUGCUGGGUGCGGGACUGGGGGACAAUGAAAACACGACGUUUGUGGGGCUGUCGUACACGCCGGCGAACGAGUGGGGGACAGUCUUCAACGGUAUCACGAGAACAACACACAGCAGCACUUGGGAGCCGGGGAAGGAGUACAAAGUGGCGCUCCUGUUGCAGGGAAGCGAGGGCUCCGUGUACGUGGACGGCGUGCUUGUCGGGGAUACUAACAAACUACCAACCCUUAAGUCACGGAGGCGUGAUAUCUCUCAUUUUUACAUUGGUGGCGGCGAAAACAGCAGUGUGACGGUAAAGAACGUCUUUUUGUACAACCUCCCACUAAGUGAAGAUGAACUCAAAGCAGGUGUCAGCUUUGAUGCAUCCGAAGAAGUUGCAGGUGACAGCUCCGAUGCGUCUGAGCAACAUGCAGGUGACAGCUUUAAUGCAUCCGAGGAACAUGCAGGUGACAGCUUUAAUGCAUCCGAGGAACAUGCAGGUGACAGCUUUAAUGCAUCCGAGGAACAUGCAGGUGACAGCUUUGAUGCAUCCGAGGAACAUGCAGGUGACAGCUUUAAUGCAUCCGAGGAACAUGCAGGUGACAGCUUUGAUGCAUCCGAGGACAGUGCAGGUGA